GAAACAGUAUAAAGAUGAUUAACAUUUUUUUAGAGGCCGUUGUCAUCAUCACUGCCAAUUGAGGUAUCAAAGAAUUCAAACCAGCAGAGCCACAUUAGAUGCAGCUGCUGUGUGCGAUGUAAGCGCAAGACCAUGUUGAAGUUGUUCUCCGCGCGGGACGACGACAACGAGAGCCUCUUGGGGGGCAUCGCAGAAGAUGGAGACAACCCGUCCCUCGGUGACACCAAGCUGCCCUGGCUAAGCAGACCUUAUCUCCUGGUGCUCAAAGAUGCAGGCGAUAUGUCCAAAUCAAAGCUAAUCAGAUCCGAAGUUCCAUCUUCCAAGUCGCCCUCGGAUGAAAUGGUCACGCCGUGUGAAGAAAAACCUCCUGCCAAGAUGCUCCACGUGGAGGAAGGUGGCUGCAUGGUGACUCCAUGGGGCGAAGUCAUGCGUGAGGAGCCUCCAGGCCCUCUGCUUCUGAGUCCGGCCCAGGAAGAGAGGAAGCUCAAAACCUCCAAGGAGGACUCUGUGAUCGAGGAGAAGGAGAUGGAAGAAUCCAAAGACCUCCAGAAUCAUCUUAAAGAGGCUGUGUCCAAUUCGGGAGAAGAAGCAAAAGCCUCCGCAUCUUCCCCGGUCCAUCCUGACAAUGAGUCCGAUCCGGUCGACAUCUUGACCGAAGAUCAAUCCAACGCCUUGGGGGAGGUUGCUCCGGUCUGGAUCCCGGACGCAGAGGCUCUCGUGUGCAUGAAGUGCAGCGUCAAGUUCACGUUUACCAAACGGAGGCACCACUGUCGCGCUUGUGGCAAGGUGUUUUGUGCACUUUGCUCCGGCCUGAAGUUCAGACUUACACAUCUGGACGGCAAGGAGGGGCGGGUUUGUGUUUCCUGUCAUUCAACCCUCAUUAAAAGCACGUCGCCGAGGUCGAAAAGGAGGGUGUGGUUCGCAGACGAACUCCUAAUCGACAAGCAGUCCGAGUCCGCCCCCGCCACGCCGGUCAGAGGUCACGGGCUCUCGCCAUCUAUGAGCCGAGCGGCGCCAAGUGGGGCAGGGUCGCCGCAACUCAGGAGAGCCUCCAGACCACAUGGGGGCGCUAAUGAGGCGAGUGCUCCUCGAAGCUGGGGAAUGUCUACUCUUGUGAACAGCUCGUCCAACCUCAUCCCGCUGCAAGGCCUGCCGCCGAUCCUCACCUCCACAGGAGUCAAAGGAGAUUACACCGUGGAGGAGCGGCCCUCCGAGACGUUGCUCAUCCAAGAGCUGGAGAGCGGCCGCUCUAGCUCUCUGGUUUUUGUCCUCAAUGCCAACCUGCUCGCCAUGGUCAAGAUGGUCAACUACGUUAACCGGAAGUGUUGGUGCGUGACCACCAAAGGGAUGCAUGCCGUGGGUCAGGUGGAGGUGGUGGUGCUCCUGCAGUGUUUGCCUGAGGAGAAGAGCUUUCCCAGGGAUCUCUUCAGCCACUUUGUCCAGCUGUACAGGGACAGCCUUACCGGGAAGUUGAUAAAGCACUUGUCGCUGUCGCUGUCCGGCAGCCGCUUCCUGGGCAGCGACGAGCACGCGGGCCUCUUGUUUGUCCGUCCCACCCGUCAGUCGCUUCAAGGUCUGCCACUGCCCAGCCAGCCGUACCUCUUCGGCCUGCUGCUCCACCGGGCCGAGGUGGUCUGGGCCAAGACGUUCCCCCUGCGUCUCAUGCUGCGCUUGGGUGCUGAGUACCGAUUUUACCCAUGUCCUCUGUACAGUGUGCGCUUUAGGAAGCCAUUGUUUGGGGAAAUAGGCCACACAGUCAUGAGGCUUUUAGUGGACUUUAGGAAUUUUCGUUAUAGUCUUCCAAUGGUGCCGGGGCUCACGGUGGACCUGGAGGCUCAGAGAACCUGCAUCAAGAUCCCAACUAGCGGCUACAACGAGCUGAUGAAGGCCAUGAACAAGUGCAACGAGCAUGUCCUGGCCAUGGGCGCUUGCUUCAACGAGGAGGCCGAUUCUCACCUCAUCUGCGUGCAAAGGGACGACGGCCAGUACCAGACGCAAGCCAUCAGCAUUCACAACGAGCCGCGGAAAGUGACUGGCUCGUGUUUUUUCAUAUUCAGUAACGCGCUGAAAGCAACGGCAGGUUACUUCGCCAAAUCCAGCAUCGUAGAAGAUGGACUAAUGGUGCAGAUUACCCCAGAGACCAUGGCAGAACUACGUAGGUCGCUCCGGGAGAUGAAGGACUACGUCGUCACUUGCGGCCGCGUGGACCGAGCCGACAGCCAGGAGCUCGUUUGUGUGCAGUGGGUGGAGGCCAAGUGUACCUUCAAUAAAGGGGUCAUAAGCCCCAUUGAUGGUAAAUCCAUGGAGUCCAUCAGCAGUACCAAGAUGUUCCAGAAAUCUGAAUACAAAGAAAACGGGAAGAUUAUUCACUGGACAGAAGUGUUCUACCUGCAGAGAGCCGAGCCCCCGAAAGGAAUGGCGGCCAACGUGCCAGAACACAACCGACUGACGGAGCGGAUCGCCAGAGCUUUUUGCUUGGCGCUGUGCCCGUACCUCAAACUCCUCAAGGAGGACGGCAUGGCCAAGUUGGGGCUGCGUGUCACCUUUGACCCCCAGCAGGUGGGCUUUGUGGCAGGCAGCAACGGGCACCCUCUCCCUCCUCAGUAUUUGAACGCCCUGGACAGCACGCUCAUCCCGGUCAUCCACAGCAGGGGGCGCAAGAGAGGCGACGAGUCCAUCGUGAUGGAGCUUAUCUUUUACAUCCUGGAGUACAUCACAUAAAAGUAACACAAACGCAACUCGAAUUGGAUCUUUUCCUCUGAAAUUCAGCGGGACAAUCCACUCAUGGUGGGUUUUCUGAGCUUACCCAGCAGCAACGUGGGUGUUAUCAGUCAAACAAGACAUCAAAUAGACAAAACAUUAGUAGCAAUUCCACAGCUUGAGUGGGAACAGAACCUUUAACAGAGGGGCUGGAUUCAGACCCUGCUAGUUUAGAUAAGAGAAUGACCUAGUUAGUAGUGGAUGCACAUGUAAUGAAUGCCUGAAGGAUGCUCUUGAAUGUUGAAUUUAAUUAUUGACAGCCUUGAAUUAAAAUUUGCAAUGAAAAUAA